UUAGCAUUUAUAUCAGUUUUCUAAGGUUUCAGAAAAUUGUUUAGACGUUGUCGCAGCCUUUUUUCUGUACCAAUGGGCUAACAUUACGAUCAACAGUACUGGCACGUAGUAAACGCACUAUGAGUAGAGUCAGUAGACCUAGACUGUACAUCAAGUUGCCAUUUGUACUACAUGCCGCUUACGCUGUCUAUUGAUUGCUUAUUCUUGUGCAGUGCGGUUAGUGCUACUUGGCACUUUUGCAUUGACUUAAGACUUAAGUCAAUGCAUUUCUUAAGACUUAUUAAGUAUUGUUAAAAGAUUUUAUUAAUCGUUCAAUACCGCUAGUUACGCUUGUACAGAAAAGCUUUUUGUUUUCGUCGGUCUGUUUAAUACUUAAAAUGGCAACUCAGUUUAUAUUAAACUGUUUAUUUUUGUCCCACCAUAUCUUUGCACUGUAUACUUAGUAGUUAUAGGGCCCUUAUAGGUGAAUAUUUUUUGUUUAGACAACUAAACUUUUGUGUGCAUUUGACCAGGAGAGCACAAAAGCCGAGAAGUACAAAUUUUGCCGCAUCGGUCUGCAGAAAACGAUUUAAUCCGGUGUAGUUGUUUGUAUUGGGGCGUUCUAGCUAAUGACAGUGUUUAUGGCUUUAUGCCUGUCAUUUGACUAUAAUUUUGUCUUCCAGUUUGAUUUUGCUACUACUUCCGCAUCAAGUGUAUCGUUGUCGAGUGUCCAGUAGAGCUCACUCGGCAGUUUUCCUUGGCGUGCUUCCCGGUCCCCGCAUCAAGUUAUGCAGGUUGUUGAUAACCGGAUCCCGACUAUCCAGAAUCGCCUUUAAUUAGAUCGUUUCAACACAUUAUAUGUAUUUGAAAAGUCGGACCCACUAAGCGGCCCCUUAGUCGGCAAAUGCCGCCUGAUGAAAAUUGAGGAUUUCUGCGCUUGGAACUGCAUGAUGGAUCCAGAAACGAAGGCUAUGCCGCAUGGGGCGGCCAACUACACGGAUCCUGACCGCGGUAACCAUGAUUCCUGCGGACAAACUAGAAUAUGGUGGAUUUUUUUGUUCUCCUCCCUGCUGUGUCCGGUUGUGUUGGCCAUCGUUGUUGGUUUGAUUAAACUGAUCUGGAUAUUUCAAAGGAUUAGAAUACGCAAUCAGCAGCGCUACUACUUGACCACACAACGCAAUGAGCAUGCUUCGACAACAAAUAACUGGCAAUCAUGGACUGCUCAAUAUGGGCAUUUCUGUGCUCGGAUCAUUUCUGCCCAAUCCUACCCCGGAAAAGUUUUGAUGGUUUUGGAGUUUGUGGUUGGGAUGAUUUCCCUCUGCAUUUAUCUUUACAACGUUUCUUGGAAAAUCAAUAACGUUGAAAAUUGCUCUCGCGGACCUUUCAGUGUUGAUUGGUAUAUUGAUUUCACAUGCAAUAUUAUUCUAAUGGUUACCUUUGGGUUGCGGCUCUGCGGAAGCGCCAGGCCAUUUGUGUAUCUUUUGGAUCUCAACGCAAUUGCCAAUUACUGUACAGUUCCUCCGGCAUUUUUAUCACUGAUUACGCACCGGCACUGGAUAGGAUUUCGAUGCGCGCGUGCAUACCACAUUAUGUCCGUGUCCGAAAUCCUGCAGACAUUUGGAUUAUUGACAACCCGUCCCAUGAUCCGACUCGCCCAGAGCCUGUGCCUGAUAACAACAAUUUUACUAGCAUGCAGUGGCGUAUUCCAUUUGUUGGAAAACAGUGGAGACUUUUGGCUUAACCAGCCACGCAUCCACAACUUGUCCUACUUUGAAUCCGUAUACUUUUCCUUUGUCACUCUAUCGACAGUGGGAUACGGUGAUAUUAAUCCCGAGACAACAUUAGGACGAUUGUUUUGUUGUGUAUUUGUUAUGACUUCAUUGGCCCUGUUUGCUUCGACAAUACCGGAAGUCUAUCUGCUUUAUUGCAAUCGUAAGCGUUUUGGAGGAAAUUACCGACCAGAGAACGGAAUUGGACAUGUCGUAGUUACCGGGCGCAUCGACGCAUCAUUCAUGUCCCGUUUUUUGAGUGAUUUUUGUCGUGAGGAUCGAAGAAGGGAUGAUGUUCGCGUGGUUUUCGUUGGACAUGUACCGGAUGUCGAAAUGGAGUCGGUGCUGAAACAUUACGGAUCAACCGUAGUUUAUUUGGAAGGAUCGCUCAUGCAGAUCCAAGAUCUCCGCCGAGCGCAACUGCACCAUGCAAUGGCCUGUUUCGUCAUCACCGACAAAAGUUCACCGUCUCCCGUAAAAGAAGACCUGGCCACGGUUAUGCUGGUGACCUCGAUAAAGAAUUUCCACCCGCAUACGAGAUGCAUAGUCCAGCUGUUGCAGAACCAGGCCAAGCCUUUACUCCUGAAUAUUCCUGGGUUUGCCUUGAAGAGAGGUGACACGAUCGUGUGCUUUCAAGAAAUCGAGUACGGAUUAAUUGCUCAAUCGUGUAUUGCUCCUGGGGCGUCGACCUUAUUGGCUAAUCUUAUACAAUCCCCAUCGCGCAACAUCAUCCUGGCACCGCGACGCGAAAUCAUUCAGGACUUUGUCUACGGCAGCCAAUUGGAGCUAUUUGUCAGUCCCUUUGGCGCGUAUUUCCUGGGCAUGAAAUACACGGAAGCAGCGGAGCAGUGCUUUACCAAACUGCACCUGCUGCUCAUUGGACUUUUCCGACCGGAAAGAGAUAAUCGCAAGCAAGGCUUGCUACUCUGUCCGGUUAUGUUAGUGAUUACGGAGGAUCGGGUGGGGAUUUUUGUUGCAAAAAGUUCCAGUGAUGUGAGCCGAGUGCGUCACUACUGCUCGGUAUGCCACCGCCAUGAAACGGAUCCUCAAAAAAUUACUCACUGCAAAUGUUCAAAAGCUGACAGUCGGCCGGUAUAUCCAGCAAUCCGAAAUCCGUUUGAGCGUUUGUUGAAAAUUACCGGCGUCGACUUGAAUGUUGUCCAUCAUCACGAAUUAGCCAGACCACCACGAGGAUUUGAAGCCAAAAUACUGGGACAUCUUCGUCACGGAGCUUCGGUUUUACAAAGACGGGAAGAAAAUGGGAUUCUGGAGGAUCCAGCCAUCAAGCGAAACCAGCGGCAAUUCGAUAUUUCCAAAGCCUUUCACUGGUGCCCCACCCAAACUUUCCGAUCCGUCUUCCUGACGAGAUCCGAUGCGGUUGAAGCCGGUUUCCACGACCACAUUCUCGUCCUCGUAAUGUGCAGUGCCUACGAUUCGCCCAUCGGAUUGCGAGAUUUAGUCAUGCCGCUACGUUCCAGCAAGAUACCGUAUACAGACUUAAAGGAGAUUGUUUUCCUGGGUGAUCCGGUGUUUCUGGAGAAGGAAUGGCGAAUGCUGCACAAUUUCCCCAGAAUCCGUAUUGUUCCCGGUGAUGCGCUGGGCCGCGCAGAUCUGCGAGCGGCCAAUGUUCACAGUUGUUCAUCGUGUGUAAUAUUAUCCGCCGGGAUGGGCACAUCAGCCGAUAAAACCCUCGAUGACCGAGCGGCCAUCCUCGCCACGCUGAAUAUUAAGGCCAUGGUCUUCGAAAAUGAUGAACCCUUGAUCGACCGCUCACGGAGAAUAAGCGGACAUCAAAUUCCCGUUAUCACAGAAAUCCAGCAUGAUUCAAACAUUCGGCUGUUGGAUCAAUAUGCAUGGACGGAACACGACGAAGAUUGUGACGAUGUCUUUUUAAGCGAACCUUAUAUGUGUGGCUCGGCGGUGACCUUGAGUUCGCUGGAUUCAAUGCUUGUUGCGACGUAUUACAAUCCGCUGGCGGUACCGCUAAUCCGCUACUUGCUAUGGGGCUUCCAGAGUCCUUUUUUUGAAAGCGUCUUGUCAGAGGGAUUGGGUUUGAUUCCUGGCGAUAACUCGUCCGAUAAUCCCGCCAAUCAGUCUGGAAAUAGCGUGGGUAUUCGACUUGUUGCUCUGGAUGAUGAAAUAUUUGCGGGAAACCAAAUGCAUUUUUCGACAUACGGAGCCUUGUUCGUCUGCGCCGUCCGAAUUGGAGUUAUUUGCCUAGGCUUGGCAAGAUUGAUGUAUCCGAAUGACACAGAUUCCCAGAAAACAAGUAAACGAUGCGUGCUGACCAAUCCCCCCAAAGAGUAUCCGCUGCGACCGGAUGACUUGGUUUAUUUGUUGAGCCAGUAAUGUGAUGCAGUUAAAUUUUGUGGGUUUGUAUUCGAAUGACAGUUCCUGAUGUUUGUGCCACUAAACCGAUGAUCUCAGAAUUUUUACUGAAAA